AUGGGUUUGCAAGGGCCUGAUAUUGAAAAGAUCAUUCAUUUCCUCUCUAUAUGUGUCCUUGCAUUCAUCAAUGAAGGCUCUUCCUCUCUUUCUAGUAACUUCAUAAAUUCACAAUGGUCAUGGGGUCUAAGUAUUCCAAUAAGCUUAUACUUCAAAUUUGCACUUGAGCUUCAUACUCAUUUAGGAAUCUGUGUUGGGAUUGGAGUACCCUCUUUAGUUUAUUGGGGUGCAACUCGCUGCCCAAUAGAUUGGUAUUGGGAAACAGUCAUUCAUUUCAAUGUUGAAAUCAUGAAAACUGGUCUCUUCAACAUUGUUAUUGGUUUGUUACAUUUAUUCGUCUCGAAGUUAAUCCAUCGUUUAAUCGAGUGGAUAAACGAUCGCAAAAUUAAAGUAAAAGGGUUGUCGUUUCUUUUCCCUACAACGAAUUCUGAGAUUGAAAAAUCAAACUUUUCCGAACAUUCUUCACUUAGGCCAUUUUCUACCAAUGAAAUAUUAAUAAAGCUGGUUGAAGCACUUGUUUCUUUGUUUUUCAAUGGAAAUGUAUUGCUUUUAAGUUGGUGUUUUUCUGGACAGAUUUACACUCAUGAAGUUGGUAAAGCUAUAUCAUGGGUUGGUUUGGGAAGUUCCAUGUUUGUGUGGAUUAAGGCUAUACUUAAGAAUCCAAAAAUGCCACAGGUAACAACAUCUGAUGAGAAAGUGUACAAGGUGGAAAAGAAUCAAAAUUGUUCAUUUGAUGAGAAGAAAGUGUCCAAGGAUCAAGAACUAGUAACUUGUUCGUUAGAAUGUUGA